CUCCUUCCUCUCCAGGAUCCUGCUGGGAUUUUUGAGCUGGUGGAAGUGGUUGGAAAUGGCACCUAUGGACAAGUCUAUAAGGGUCGACAUGUUAAAACCGGUCAGCUGGCAGCCAUCAAAGUUAUGGAUGUUACAGAGGAUGAAGAGGAAGAAAUCAAACUGGAGAUAAACAUGCUGAAGAAAUACUCACAUCAUAGAAACAUUGCAACAUAUUAUGGUGCUUUCAUUAAAAAGAGCCCUCCUGGACAUGAUGACCAACUCUGGCUCGUUAUGGAAUUCUGUGGGGCUGGGUCCAUCACAGACCUUGUGAAGAACACCAAAGGGAACACCCUCAAAGAAGACUGGAUCGCUUACAUCUCCAGAGAAAUCCUGAGGGGGCUGGCACAUCUUCACAUUCAUCAUGUGAUUCAUCGGGACAUCAAGGGCCAGAACGUACUGCUAACCGAGAAUGCAGAGGUGAAACUGGUUGAUUUCGGUGUGAGUGCUCAGCUGGACAGGACAGUAGGGAGGAGAAACACGUUCAUCGGCACCCCCUACUGGAUGGCUCCCGAAGUCAUUGCCUGUGAUGAGAACCCGGAUGCCACCUAUGACUACAGAAGUGAUCUUUGGUCUUGUGGCAUUACAGCCAUUGAGAUGGCAGAGGGCGCUCCCCCUCUCUGUGACAUGCAUCCUAUGAGAGCACUGUUUCUCAUUCCCAGAAACCCUCCUCCCCGGCUGAAGUCAAAAAAAUGGUCCAAGAAAUUUUUUAGUUUUAUAGAAGGCUGCCUGGUGAAGAAUUAUAUGCAGCGACCCUCCACAGAGCAGCUUUUGAAACAUCCUUUUAUAAGGGAUCAGCCAAAUGAAAGGCAAGUUAGAAUCCAGCUUAAAGACCACAUAGACCGGACCAGAAAGAAGAGAGGAGAGAAAGAUGAAACAGAGUAUGAGUACAGUGGAAGUGAGGAAGAAGAAGAGGAAGUGCCUGAACAGGAAGGGGAGCCAAGCUCCAUCGUCAACGUGCCUGGAGAAUCAACUCUUCGACGGGAUUUUUUGAGACUGCAGCAGGAGAACAAGGAACGUUCCGAGGCUCUUCGCAGACAGCAGCUUCUACAGGAGCAGCAGCUCCGCGAGCAGGAGGAAUAUAAAAGGCAGUUACUAGCUGAGAGACAGAAACGUAUUGAGCAGCAGAAGGAACAGAGGCGGCGGCUGGAAGAGCAACAAAGGAGAGAGCGUGAAGCUAGAAGGCAGCAAGAACGUGAACAGCGAAGGAGAGAACAAGAGGAGAAGAGGCGUCUAGAGGAACUGGAGAGAAGGCGUAAAGAAGAGGAAGAGAGGAGACGAGCAGAAGAAGAAAAGAGGAGAGUUGAAAGGGAACAGGAGUAUAUCAGGCGUCAGCUGGAAGAGGAGCAGCGGCACUUGGAAAUCCUUCAGCAGCAGCUGCUCCAGGAGCAGGCCAUGCUACUGGAGUAUCGAUGGCGGGAGAUGGAGGAGCACCGGCAGGCAGAGAGGCUCCAGAGGCAGUUGCAACAAGAACAAGCAUAUCUCCUGUCUCUACAGCAUGACCACAGGAGGCCGCACCCGCAGCUGCCGCAGCCGCACGCCCUGACGCAGCCGCAGCCACCCCCGCAGCAGCAGGAGAGAAGCAAGCCCAGCUACCACGCACCCGAGCCCAAGCCCCAUUACGAGCCCUCCGACAGAGCUCGAGAGGUGGAAGAUAGAUUUAGGAAAACUAACCACAGCUCCCCUGAAGCCCAGUCUAAGCAGACAGGCAGAGUUUUGGAGCCACCAGUGCCUUCCAGAUCAGAAUCUUUUUCCAAUGGCAACUCCGAGUCUGUACAUCCUGCCCUGCAGAGACCAGCGGAGCCACAGGUUCCUGUGAGAACAACAUCCCGUUCCCCUGUUCUGUCCCGUCGCGAUUCUCCCCUGCAGGGCAGUGGGCAACAGAGUGGCCAACCAGGUCAAAGAAACUCCACAAGUAUUGAGCCCAGGUUGCUGUGGGAGAGAGUGGAAAAGCUGGUACCCAGGCCUGGCAGUGGCAGCUCCUCGGGGUCCAGCAAUUCGGGCUCCCAGCCCGGAUCCCACCCUGGAUCUCAGAGUGGCUCUGGAGAGCGCUUUAGAGUAAGAUCAUCGUCCAAAUCCGAGGGCUCUCCAUCUCAGCGCCUUGAAAAUGCAGCAAAAAAACCUGAAGAUAAAAAGGAAGUUUUCAGACCUCUCAAACCUGCUGACUUGACGGCACUGGCCAAAGAGCUUCGAGCAGUGGAGGAUGUGCGACCACCUCACAAAGUGACCGAUUACUCCUCCUCCAGUGAAGAAUCGGGGACGACAGAUGAAGAAGAUGAUGAUGUUGAACAAGAAGGGGCUGAUGAAUCCACCUCAGGACCAGAGGACACCAGAGCAGCGUCAUCUCUAAAUUUGAGCAAUGGUGAAACUGAGUCUGUGAAAACCAUGAUUGUGCAUGAUGAUGUAGAAAGUGAACCCGCCAUGACCCCAUCCAAGGAAGGCACUCUCAUCGUCCGCCAGACUCAGUCCGCUAGUAGCACACUCCAGAAACACAAAUCUUCCUCCUCCUUUACACCUUUUAUAGACCCCAGAUUACUACAGAUUUCUCCAUCUAGUGGGACAACAGUGACUUCUGUGGUGGGAUUUUCCUGUGAUGGAAUGAGACCAGAAGCCAUAAGGCAAGAUCCUACCCGGAAAGGCUCAGUGGUCAAUGUGAAUCCCACCAACACUAGACCACAGAGCGACACCCCCGAAAUUCGUAAAUACAAGAAGAGAUUUAACUCUGAGAUUCUCUGCGCUGCAUUAUGGGGAGUGAAUUUGUUAGUGGGGACAGAAAGUGGCCUGAUGCUGCUGGACAGAAGUGGCCAAGGGAAAGUAUAUCCUCUUAUCAACCGGAGACGAUUUCAACAAAUGGAUGUACUUGAAGGCUUGAAUGUCUUAGUGACAAUAUCUGGCAAGAAGGAUAAGUUACGGGUCUACUAUUUGUCCUGGUUAAGAAAUAAAAUACUUCACAAUGACCCUGAGGUUGAGAAGAAGCAAGGAUGGACCACGGUAGGAGAUUUGGAAGGAUGUGUACACUAUAAAGUUGUAAAAUAUGAAAGAAUCAAGUUUCUGGUAAUUGCUUUGAAGAGUUCUGUGGAAGUCUAUGCGUGGGCACCCAAGCCAUAUCACAAAUUUAUGGCCUUUAAGUCAUUUGGAGAAUUGUUACAUAAGCCAUUACUUGUGGACCUCACGGUAGAGGAAGGCCAGAGAUUGAAAGUCAUCUAUGGCUCCUGUGCUGGUUUCCAUGCUGUUGAUGUGGAUUCAGGAUCAGUCUAUGACAUUUACCUACCCACACACAUCCAGUGUAGCAUCAAACCCCAUGCAAUCAUCAUCCUGCCCAACACAGACGGAAUGGAGCUUCUGGUGUGUUAUGAAGAUGAAGGGGUUUAUGUGAAUACAUAUGGAAGGAUCACCAAGGAUGUAGUUCUACAAUGGGGAGAGAUGCCAACAUCAGUAGCAUAUAUUCGGUCUAAUCAAACUAUGGGCUGGGGAGAGAAAGCCAUAGAGAUCCGAUCUGUGGAAACUGGACACUUGGAUGGUGUGUUUAUGCACAAAAGGGCUCAAAGACUAAAGUUCUUAUGUGAACGUAACGACAAGGUGUUCUUUGCCUCUGUCCGAUCUGGCGGCAGCAGUCAGGUGUAUUUCAUGACCUUGGGCAGGACUUCUCUUCUGAGCUGGUAGAAGUGAUCUGAUCUGAAGAGUGCUGGCCUCCGGAGUCUUCAAGAUCCCGAGAACUUGGAAUUCCUUGCAACU